GAAGCAGGAGAAUGACGUUUACAGGCGCGAGCUCGGAGUCGCUGCUCUCAGCGCCAGGCGGAGUGGCGAGAAACAACGCACGGCAGCUGAACAGAUGAUCCUGACAGUGGCUUCUGUGAUUCACUAACACCCCUUCAACUGUUCAUUACAGGCUGUAGAGGUGUGUGCCGAGAGACCCCAGCAUGCGUGAAUAUAAGCUUGUGGUCUUGGGCUCAGGAGGUGUGGGGAAAUCUGCGCUUACAGUGCAGUUUGUUCAGGGUAUAUUUGUGGAAAAAUAUGAUCCGACAAUAGAAGACUCCUAUAGGAAGCAAGUAGAAGUGGAUGGACAGCAAUGCAUGCUAGAAAUCCUUGACACAGCAGGCACAGAGCAGUUUACAGCCAUGAGGGAUCUGUAUAUGAAGAACGGACAGGGCUUUGCUCUGGUUUACUCUAUCACUGCACAGUCCACCUUUAAUGACCUUCAGGACCUGAGAGAACAGAUCUUAAGAGUCAAAGACACAGAGGAUGUGCCAAUGAUUCUGGUGGGGAAUAAAUGUGAUCUGGAGGAUGAGAGAGUUGUAGGGAAGGAGCAAGGCCAGAACCUUGCUCGGCAGUGGAAUAACUGUGCCUUUCUAGAAUCCUCCGCCAAAUCAAAGAUCAAUGUUAAUGAGAUCUUCUACGACCUGGUCAGACAGAUUAAUAGGAAAACGCCGGUGGAAAAGAAGAAAGCCAAAAAGAAGUCUAAUUGUACACUGCUUUAAAAUGCACAUAAACAUCCUCCCUAGCAGCAGUUCUGAGCCAGAAUGCUAAGAUGAAGACCUGUUGCCCUACUGGCCGGCAUUCCAGCCCCUUUCAGUAGUUAUUGGAAACAACGUUGGCAAAGGCAGAACCUGAUUAAGACACUCCUCGGCUUACAGAAAGGAGUGAAGAGAAGAUUAACUUCUCACAUGUUCAACAUUUCUGCUUUCCCUUCUCAAAAUAACUUUUUCCCCUUUACCCCAACCCCAACCCCCAUGCUCCAGACAUGAUACAUGAUAAAACAGAAGUGAGUGGUCCUUCUAGAGCUCUUACAAUUUUUUGCAAUUGCCAUUUUUAAAGAAGGACUAUAGGAACCGGACUCUUGUGGCUUUAUUCUGGGAUAGUGGGUAACAUCCUGUUCAUUAAUACCUUUCAGAAGCAUGACCAUGUUUAAAAAUAAUCAUAGUAAUGUUUGCAAAAGUUAAUUCAUGAUCAUAUGCUAGCCUUUUUUUUUUUUUUUUUUUGGUGUUUUAUUCUCAUCUUCAUGACCAAGCCCUUUUCAUCUUGCUAUUAAUUGUUCCAGAAGUGCAUCUGGGGCUAUACACGCUUCUCCCAACUGGACCAGCUCAUUAUCAAAUAACAUGCUUUUGCCUGAAUUACUUUGUUUUUUAGUUGAAUUCUCAACGAUUUUUCAUAUUUCCCAUAAUUUAUGAUAAAUUCCAUUUUCUGCAUAGAGAGGUUUUGGAAAAUGGUUCUUUUAUUAAGAGAUGGGCAGAAAUAACACAUGGGUAUCUUUGUGUCACGCUGAAAAAUAUAUUGUACUAAAAUCAACUCUAAUUUCUCCUUGUGUUGUCUUGUCAUACUGAAAGUGGUAAUUUUUCAGCUUUUAUGAACGAUUAAAUUUUAGUACAUUUUCAUUAA